GCUAAAGUCGCCUUGCACGCUCCUCCUUCCGUGAUAUCCAGGGUCAUUCGCUUCCAAAGAGCUAUCUCGCAGAGCGGAUAGUCUUUCUCCGUAUCCACCGUCCCUUGAGCUCAGCAAUUCGACCCCCCCGUGGUCUCCGAUACCACCGCAACGCGACGUCUCCCAAUCCCCGUUCGACUCAGCUCAACCCAACUGAGCAUCUGCACCAGCUCACCAGGCAUUGAACCUCGGCGUCACCCAUACCCAUCACCGUCAUGCGUCCCAGCACUCUCCUCCGGGCCCUGCAGCCCCUGCGAUCCUCCAUGAUCCGCACGACCACCCGCACAGCCGCUCCCCAACAUCACCACCACAACCCCCGCCAACAACAACAACAACAACAAGAAGAAAAAGAAGAAUCCGAACAAUCACAACGCCCCCUCUCGGGAGCCCUGCCGCCCUCCCUCCGCAAAUACCCCUACACAUCCAAGAUCGGCACGGUGACCACCGUGGGCCGAAUGAACCGCACCGUCCGCGUCAGCCACCGCCACAGCGUCUGGGACUCGUACAUCCAGAAGUACUACCCCAAGGAGACGACCUUCCUGGUGUCGGAUCCGCGGGACUCGCUGCGCGAAGGCGACGUGAUUGAGUUCUCGUCUGGGUAUCCCAAGAGCCGCACCGUGCGUCACGUCGUGGACCGCAUCAUCGCUCCCUUCGGAUCUCCCGUUGAGUCCAGACCGCCUGUCAUGUCCCGGGCUGAGAGGGAUGCGGAGCGCGAGGCGAAGAGGGCGGCUAAGUUUGAGCGCAGGGAGGCGAGACGACUCGAGAGUGGCCAGGUUGAUGCUCCCCCGAAGGAGCAUGUUGGGCGCAUUCGGAGGUUGGUGCUUGAGAGAACUCAGUAGAUGAUAUACUUGAGGGGGG